AUGACUGAACACAAUUUACUAUUCUACGCUUAUGCCGCACUCGGCGCGCAGGCAGUAGGCAGUGUGUACGCUGGUAGCUGGGGAGCGUUGAAAACACCGAAAGCGACAAAGAAGCUGAUUAGAGAGAGCAAGGGUGAAUUAGAAGACGAUGAAGACGAAAAGGAUGAAGAUGUCUCCGAGAAGCUCAACGCUGGGGAUGCAAAGAUGUUCCCAAUCAUCGGCAGCGCUGUGCUUGGAUCACUCUUCCUUAUUGUCAAAUACGUUAGCAAGGAGUAUCUAAAUAUUCUCCUCGGUGGUUACUUUGCCCUCUUUGGCGGUUUUGCUGGUGCUAAAUACCUCGACAGCGGUUUCUACCACGUCAUCGGAUCUAAGCUCUACAAUACUCUCUUUCCCAAAUGGAGACUCCUUCUUGUUAAAGGCAAGAGCGAAGAAGCUCGCUUCCCUUUCACUGCCUCCUCAAUAGCCUUCCUUCUCCUUUCACUUGCAGCUUCGUUUUCAUACCUCCUGUUCGACAGACCAUGGUAUCUCAACAACUUCCUCGGCCUUUCCUUCGCUUGGACCGGCAUCAAACUGAUUGAGCUCGAUAGCUUGAAAACAGGCGCUAUCCUCCUCUCCGGUCUCUUCUUCUACGACGUGUUCUGGGUCUUCUUCACUCCAGUCAUGGUUUCAGUAGCUAAAGGCAUAGAAGCUCCUAUCAAGCUCGUCUGGCCUAAGGAUGCUGGUAUAGCUUUCGUUGCUGACUUGGCCAAGAAAGUAGGACAUGAGUGUGCAUGUCUCAACAAACUAGUCUCAGAUGAAAACCCCGGUUUGACAUUGCUCGGUUUGGGUGAUAUAGUCUUACCCGGUAUCUUUAUCGCUUUGUGUCUCAGAUUGGAUCUGCAUUUGGCAACUGUAAGACACUCAGAGCAGAAAAAAUCAGGUCUACCUCCAACAUCAAACGACAAAUUCGCAAAACCUUACUUCACGACCUGUUUGAUAGCUUACUUUUUGGGUUUGGUGGCCACUGUCGUCGUCAUGCACAACUUCAAAGCUGCUCAACCUGCUCUGCUAUACCUCAGUCCAGCAUGUAUUGGCUCAGUCGCGCUUUUGUCUGCUGCACGUGGAGAGUUUAAACAGGCUUGGAGUUGGACAGCCGAAGAUGACCAAGAAAAAGACAAAGCGGAUGACAAGAAAAGUGAAUAA